AUGUCUCAUUUGGAUCGCAAUCGUAAUCAGGCACUACGGGGGCAAGAAUCGCAUCUGGACGAUAUGAUUCAAAUUCAUCCAGUCCGACAGUGGAACAUAUCCACACUGAACAGAAGUGUGACCAAAUCGCUCACAUCCACGUGGCUCACCUACACCAAUCGAGGAGAACUACAAACCCAAGACAAUCUAAAUGAAUCCGACGGAUGGCUUGCUACCCCAGAUACGGAUCCACUCAGCUUGGAGCCCAGUGGGAGUCAUAAUCACAGCCGGGUUAAUUCACGAGAAGACGAUACAGACACCGAACUCAUCAUGGUUGGAGUUCAACAACAAAAGCUGGACAACCCAACAGUCCAUGAGGACAAUUUAUCAAGCCCCCGAGAUGCAUAG